AUGGUCAAUGACUUGAAUAUAAAAGAUUAUUAUAUUAAAACUAUCACACUUGGUAUUAAAAUAUAUUGUCUUUCAAAUGAAUCUUUCAAAAAAACAUGUGACUUUUUACAAUCCAAUAACAGUGAAUUUUUUUUACAUGAUUUAAAAAGUGAAAAACCUUUUAAAGCCGUAAUUCAUGGACUUGAUAAAACUGAUGUAUGUGAACUUAAACAAACACUAAUUAACAUAGGUUUAAAAUGUAUUGAAGUAAAAGAAAUCACAAAAAAAUCAAAAAUCAAUGUUAAAAAUACUAAAAAACCAACUCAAUGUUACAACUGCCAAAUGUUUGGCCAUGGUGAGAAGCAUUGUAAUGUUAAAACCUUCUGUGCCUUUUGUUCACAAAACCACAAAUCUAAUGAAUGUCCUAAUAAGAGCUCUCCACAAUGUGCUAACUGCAAAGGUGCACAUUAUUCAACGGAUACUACAUGUCCGAGCCGGUCCGCUUAUAUUAAUAUACUAAGUAAGAAUAAGAAAAAUCAAAAUGCAUCUACCUCAAGAUAUCAAAAUAAAAAUGUCAACAUGACUACAAACUACAAUGCUAAUUUUCCCAGUAUAAUUAAAAAUAGUCAACAACAACAAAAUGCACCGCAAAGGCAACAUACUUCCACAUGGAGCAAUGUUAAUUUUAUUAACAAUAACAAUUUAUCAAAUACUAACAACAAUAUUUCUGGUAUUACCUCUAACACUAAUACUAACAAUAAUCUAUUCUCCGCACAAGAAAUAAAUAAUCUUACAAACGAGCUCUUAUCAAAGUUAAGCAAAUGUAUUAAUAAAACGGAACAAUUUUUUGUCAUUACUGACUUAGUAGCAAAGUAUUUAUAUGGUCCAUAA